AUGUUUCCGAGACAUUCAACAAUAUUUAAUAAACGAGGAGUUGUCAAAUUUUUAUUUCGAACAUUGGCUACUGGACAAGAAUCAGAUCUGGUUGUUAUCGGUUCUGGCCCAGGCGGAUAUGUAGCCGCAAUAAAAGCUGCUCAAUUGGGAAUGAAGACAGUUUGUGUUGAAAAGAAUGAAACUUUGGGUGGUACUUGUUUGAAUGUUGGUUGUAUUCCUUCAAAAGCGUUGCUCAACAAUUCUCAUUUUUAUCAUAUGGCUAAACAUGGGGACUUAAAUUCUCGAGGUUUUUUUUUGAUUUUUUAUUUGGAAGAGAAUCUGAAUUAUUUUUUAAAUUUUUUGGUGUCAUUUUUGAUCUUUUGGGCCCUACAUUUCUAUGACAAAUUUAGCACAGUAAUGCCCUCCGGGAAACGAUUCCAGGAACCGAAACCUUGA